UUGUUUUCAAGUAUGCAACCAGGGAAACCCAUUUGUGAAAAAGUUUGAUCUCUUGUCUGAGCCGGAGACAUGGCAUAAGAAGGAAGUCGAGUUAAAUGAUGGACCACAGACUGUUCGAAGAGUAGAAGCACCUUUGGUUGAUGCACUUAGAGCCUCUGCAGGACAAAAUGUUGCAGCAUUUCAUUUUCCAGGUCAUAACAGAGGCAGAGCAGCUCCUCAGUUACUGGCUGAGCUCAUUGGAGUGGAUCCUUUUAAGCAUGACUUACCUGAGCUUCCAGAACUUGAUAACUUAUUUGCUCCCAAGGGAGCGAUAGCGGACGCUCAAGAAAAGGCUGCACAUUUAUUUGGAGCAGAUUCAACGUGGUUUCUUGUAGGAGGAUCCACCUGUGGUAUUCAGGCAGCAGUAAUGGCUACGUGCUCGCCAGGUGAGAUCCUUAUUCUUCCUAGAAACAGUCACAUAUCUGUAAUCUCUGCCAUGGUUUUGUCUGGGGCUUUACCAAGAUAUCUUCUACCAGAGUAUGACCCUGUCUGGGAUCUCACUUAUGGUAUCCAUGCAUUCCAAGUUAAGGAUGCACUUGAUGAAAUGAGAGAUGAAGGUAAGAGAGCAGCAGCAGUUUUAAUCACGUCACCAACAUACUUUGGGGUUUGUAGUGACUUGAGAGGGAUUGCAGAUGUCUGCCAUAAUUAUGGUGUACCUCUUAUUGUUGAUGAAGCUCAUGGGGCCCAUUUCAAAUUUCAUUCUGAUUUGCCAAACACUGCUCUGGAACAAGGGGCAGAUAUAGUGGUUCAGUCUACACACAAAGUUCUCUGUUCCCUCACACAAUCUGCAAUGAUACACAUUCAGGGAGAAAUGGUAAACAGGGAAAGAUUCUGUCGAUGCCUCCAAACACUCCAAAGUUCUAGCCCUAGCUAUUUGCUUCUUGCUUCUUUGGAUGCUGCACGGGCUUAUAUUUGCAAAUGUACUGGCUCUCCAUACAGCUCAAACUCGCAUUUUAGUAGAGCCAUAGACCUGGCAAAUGAAGCACGACAUGCCAUUCAGCAGAUCCAUGGUCUUUCUGUGCUACAUUCAGUCAACUCUUCAGGUACAAUGGUACUUGAUCCUUUGCGAAUCACGGUAAGUCUCUGGGACAUAGGAUUAUCAGGUUAUGAGGCAGAUGACAUCUUGAGGAUUGAGCAUGGUGUGAUAGCAGAACUACCCUCUUUGCACACUUUAAUGUUUGCAUUCAAUCUAGGAACAGAUUCAGAACAUGUUCAUAGACUUGUUGGUGCUCUGCAAACGCUUUCUAUAAUACCUGUAAGAAAAAACAUAUCUGAACAUACGUUUCUGUCUAAAGUACACAAUGAUGGACCAUUUGCUACCAUUAAAACAAAGCUAAGCCCAAGGGAGGCAUUCUUUGCAAGAACUGAAAGGGUAGAGAUAGAUCAUGCCCUUGGGCAGAUAUGUGGAGAGCUUAUUUGUCCCUAUCCACCAGGUAUUCCUAUUCUUGUUCCAGGUGAGGUCAUCUCCGAUAAAGCUUUAAUGUACCUUAAAGAAAUUAUUCAUGCAGGUGCCAUGGUCAGUGGAGCGUCUGAUCCAUCUCUGUCAUCUAUAAUUGUCUGUAAAGCAUAGUAUUCCUUUUAAACAUUACAUUGUUCACUUCUUUAGGGAUUUUAUACUUGCUUUAUAACCUUCUCUUGCCCGCUACUCAUAUGGGAUUCUUUUUGCUUGAUUCCUUGAGGGUGACUUGGAAUGCUGUAGGAGGAAGAGAUGCUUAGUAUAUAAUUAUUAGAGGUAGAUUUCAAAAGGUGACUUAGCAGUUCAUUUUGGUAUUAAAGACUGUGUCACACACGUAGAAGAUUUUCUAGAGCUGAAAGUGCCUAAAGCCCAGAUACAACUUUCCUUAAUAUUAUUGUAAAAACCAUAUGGCAUGUGUAAAAGGGAUGAAUUCGGGUAUGAGUCUUGGUCAAGUCUGUAUGGAAUAGUUGCUCUCUAUACGUUGGCAUGUAUGCCAAAAUAAAGUAGGCUUGCUCAUGCUACCUCUAAAGAGCUUGUUUUCUUGACAGCUUUUUAGAAAAGCAUGUCGUAGUAAACACUAUUUGGAGUUAAGUGUCAAUCUUCAAGCUUAAUUACAGUAUGAAACCUUAAGACAUGCAUAUGAACUUGAACUAUUAAAUUUUCACCUAACUCAGAAACCAAGACCCAUAUUUAGUCUAAAAGUUAGACUGGGAUUCUGAACAUUACAACUUCAAAUAUAUGCAUUCAUUUCAAUGA